ACGAAGAAACCAAAAAUGACGACAGAAAGAAUGGAAAGAAGUUGUGAAAGCUGUAUUCCCAAAGAGAUGGCUUCCAAAAUUAAAACUGGCCCCGUUGUUGACAUGCUCGGCGACGAGAUGACUCGUAUCAUCUGGAGUUCCAUUAAGGAAAAGCUUAUUUUGCCAUUCCUUAAUAUUGAUUUGCAUACCUAUGAUUUGGGAAUGGAAAAUCGCGACUUGACCAAUGAUCAAGUUACUAUUGACUGUGCUGAAGCAGUCAAGAAGUACAAUGUUGGUAUCAAGUGUGCCACUAUCACUCCCGACGAGAAGCGUGUUGAGGAAUUCAAAUUGAAGAAGAUGUGGAAAUCACCCAACGGAACCAUUCGUAACAUUCUCGGAGGCACUGUCUUCCGUGAGGCUAUUAUCUGCAAGAACAUUCCACGUCUAGUGACUGGCUGGGAGAAGCCAAUCAUCAUUGGUCGCCAUGCUCACGCUGACCAGUACAAGGCAACAGAUUUUGUUGUCCCUGAAGCUGGUACCUUGACAAUGGUAUUCCAACCUGCCAAUGCAGGAGGUACAGUUAUUAAGGAGGUUGUCCACGAAUACAAAUCCCCUGGAGUUGCUCUCGCUAUGUACAAUACUGAUGAAUCGAUUGUUGACUUUGCACACUCAUCCAUGAAAUUCGCUUUGGCUAGGAAAUUCCCACUCUAUCUUAGUACCAAGAACACCAUUCUCAAGAAAUACGAUGGACGAUUCAAGGAUAUCUUCGAAGAAAUCUACCAAAAGGACUACAAGAAGCAAUACGAAGAAGCCGGUAUCUGGUAUGAACAUCGUCUCAUUGAUGACAUGGUUGCCUAUUGCAUGAAGUCGGAAGGAGGAUUCGUGUGGGCUUGCAAGAACUACGAUGGUGAUGUACAAUCUGAUUCUGUUGCUCAAGGUUAUGGUUCUCUUGGUCUGAUGACAUCGGUGCUACUUUGUCCUGAUGGCAAAACUGUCGAAUCGGAAGCUGCUCACGGAACUGUUACUCGUCAUUACAGAAUGUACCAACAAGGCAAGGAAACCUCAACCAACCCAAUUGCAUCGAUCUUUGCAUGGACCCGUGGUCUUCUUCAUCGUGCCAAGUUGGACAACAACACUGAACUACAUAACUUCGCUGAAACCUUGGAAAAAGUCUGCAUCGAUACUAUUGAAUCUGGAUUCAUGACUAAAGAUUUGGCCAUUUGUAUUAAGGGAAUGAAUAAUGUUCAACGCAAGGACUAUAUGGAAACAUUUGAGUUCAUGGACAAGUUGGCUGAUAAUUUGAAGGCUGCCCUCAAGCAAUGACUCGUAUCGAGUGAGCAAAUAAAUAAUAAUAAAUCCCAUUUGUAAGGCAGCGCUGGCGCGAAGAUGUUCACCACUACGAUGUUAGUAUUUUAUUAGACUGCUCGAAGGUAAACUCUUCAUUGUUUUAAUUCUUUUUUUUUUCUAUUUUGUACCAAUCAGAGAGAAAUAUUUUUUGCAAGAAAAGAAAUCAAUAAAAUGUAAUUUUAUAAAUCCCA